AUGAUCGACGGCAGCCCGGUGGCCGCGGUCGCGCCGGCGAAAGCCGCGGACACCGACGACACACCCGCAAAUGCCAUGGACGAUUCCAACCUGGCCGUUGGCGAGGCCGCCGCAACGCCAGUCAAGGAACAACCCAGGGACGGGGCCAAAUUCGCGAACGGGGACGAGGAAGUGGCCACAGAGGAGCCCCUACCCAAUGCCGGAAUGACAGACGUGACACUCAGGCUGCUGGUGCCUGCCUCACGGACAGGGAGCAUAAUUGGAAAGGGUGGAGAAUACAUUCAAGGCCUACGCCAGUCAACAGGUGCCAAGAUCAAGAUUGCCAACACAAUGCCGGGUUGUGAUGAGAGGGCAGUGCACAUAACAUCCCCAGAGAGCAACGAGGAACUCAUCCCUGCACAAGGUGCCAUUGUGCAGCUGCUGGAGCGCAUCUUCACUGACGAAGUCGAUGAAGAGGGUGACAAGGCCAAGGUGAUAGUGCGCAUGCUGGUAGACAGCUCACAGGUUGGGCCACUACUGGGCAAGGGUGGCAGCGUAAUUAACGAGAUGCGUGGCAAGUCUGGUGCCCAGAUCAGGGUCAUCCAGGGAGCUGCAGACUUGCCCAUCUUCAGGGGCCCAACAGACCAGCUGGUGCAGAUCACGGGGGAGUUCCCAAAAGUGAGGUCAGCGCUGGCACUCGUGUCCCAGCGCCUCCGUGAGAACCCACCCCGCGUACGCCCAGGCACCCAUCCCGCCAGCUCGUACCCGCGGCCGCUGGGCAGCAUGGCCAUGCUAUUCCCCAUCCCCCCAGCCCUGAUGGGCACAGUGCAGGCCAGCGCUGGAGUCCUGUUGGGCUUCAACGGGCUGGUGGAGGCCCAGUACAGGAUCUUUGUGCCGGACACAAAGAUUGGAUGCAUCAUUGGGAAGGGAGGCGAUGUGAUUCGCCAAAUCCGUGAGGAGACCAAGGCACGGGUGAUCGUCUUCAACCAGGUGGAGGGCUCAGAGGCUCGGGUGGUUAUGUGCCGCUCGAUGGACGAGGCUCCCACACUGCUGUGCUCUGCCCAGGAGGCGCUAUGCAGGUGUCUGUACACCCUUAUCCUUGAGGAGGAUCGCGCGCAGGGGGGCCAGCACACGGUGAGGAUGCUGGUACCCUCGGACCAGGUCGGGGCGGUGCUGGGCAAGAAGGGCAGCGUGAUCAAGCAAAUCCAAAUGGAGACUGGGGCGAAACUGGUGGUUCAGAAUGAAGACAUGCCCAUCUGCGCCCAGGAGGGUGACGAACUACUGGAGAUCCGCGGCCGUGCCCAGAGCGUGAUGCAGGCAGUGCAGGCCUGUUGUGCGCUCAUGCGCAUCAACAUGGCACGUUCCCAGGCCAAGGCUGCCUCGGCUGCCAUGGGCAGUGCAGCAAAUAUGCCUGACCACAGCGGACCUAUGCACCCAGCAAUGGGGAUGAGAAUGCACCCGGGCCAUUUGGCGAUGCCCAUGCCUGGAAUGGGUGCGAUGGGCAUGAUGGGCCCCAUCCCAAGGUCGAUGCCCAUGGCAAUGUCUCACUAUGGGGCGCCAGCAUUGAUCGCAGGCCAGGGUCCCCAUGGGCCUGGCCUUGUUUUGAUGAACGGCGUUGGUGCUCAUGGCGGCCAUAUGGCAAUGCGCAUGGCCAUGACGCCUGCACAAGGGGGUGCUGUGAUCGGCUCAGGCGGCCACAACAUUAACCAGAUCAGACAGGUGUGGCCAGACUUCUGGCGCCCAGCUCAGGCUGUAUGA